GCAGGAUGAUACAGCCAAUAAUCCACACAGUCCACAGACCACCUAGGCAGUACACUCACGGGCGACACGCAAGACAUAUGUGGGGAUGGGGAUGCUUGCUUGCUUGCUUGUUUGUUUGUUUGCUGCUGAUGCUGCUGCUGCAAGCGCGCGCGUUGAAGACUGAAGACUCCUCUUCGUCCUUCUUGCUGUUUCUCUGUACAGACGUUCCCGGGCGCGUGGAUAAUUUAUAUAUAGGCGACACUCGCCAACAUCAAGAUCAACCUGGAAAAAAAAACCACUGGAUUCCGAUGGGACGGCUCCGCGGCGCGAGGAGGAGGACACGGACGGGGAAUUCCGAAGACCGUGCGGUGUGUGUGAUGAGUGAGAGUGACGAGGGAAAAGUGGUUCGACUGGUCCACGAGGAUUGGACUUGCCAUGACGCAGGCGCCGAGGGGAAAAUCGUGCGUGCCCAGGUGAGAAAAGAGCAGCAGCAGGGCGCGUGCACACCUGGGCAGGGAAGGAAAAAGCCACUCGGGCUGCUUCCGAGAGACCACCACCUGCAAUACCUAGGUAGCGUGUUUUUGCCCUGGUGAAGACGAACAGUGGUUGUACCUCCCGAGCUAUCGGUUGUCCGCAGAAGAAAGGAAGCUUGGAAGGAAGGAAGGGUGGGAGGACAGGCAGGCCUCACAUACUGAAUGCUGUACUGCCCGAGUGGUCUGAUGUUUUUUAUUCUUGUUAUCACUAAUAAAUCGACAGU